AUGGCCGAAAUUCAGUCUAAGUUUGGUGUCGUCAAUAAUGCAGAUGUUCAAUUGAUAGUGGAACGAUAUUUGGAUGCUAAAUAUUUUACCAUCUCGGAUUUCUUUGUGAAAGCUUUAGGUGAAAAUACAUCUGGCUUUAUAUCUGAUCAUGCCAUACUAUCAGUUAAUGUUAACAUAAAUGGCUUAGAUGAAGUAUAUACAUUUUUCUUGAAAAUAUCAUCUGAAGAAUUGACCGUGCAUGCUCAAUAUAUAGAAGAUAUAGGUGCUUUUAAAAAGGAAACUCAACUUUUCAACGGGCUGAUUCCUCUGUUGCAAAAAUGUUCAAGUAAACAGUGGUCUCCAAAAUGUCUCUAUAGUCGCAAAGAUCUUCUAGUAUUUGAAAACUUAUCGCAACUUGGAUUUUUCAACUGUGAACACAAAAAGAAAACAAUUUUGGAUUUAGAGCAUUGCUUAGAAGCAGCAAAAGCUCUGGCACGUUUGCAUUCAGCAAGUAUCAUAUUGGAAUCAAAACCUGUAUUUUCAGCCAAACCAUAUAAUAUUUAUAAAGAAUUUGGAGAUAUCCUGAAGGAAAACACUUACGUCAGUGAUGUUAAAAGUCCAAGGAAAAAAUGGUUAGAUGUCAGCAUUAGAGCGACUUUAGCUCUAAUGCGCCUCAUUCCAGAAUUGAAAACUCCUGAAAAACUGGCAAAAAUUAAUGAACAGCUUCCUAAAAUUUUCUUAGAUUUGCCCAAUGUAGUUAAAGCAUCAUCAAAGUUUCGCAAUGUUAUGGGUCAUGGUGAUAUUUGGGCUAAUAAUAUGAUGUUUAAAUAUGAGAAUGGAAAGCCAAUUGAUUGCCGAUUAGUAGAUUUUCAAUUUUCACGAUAUGCUCCAGCUUCUUGGGAUCUAAUGGGUAUGUUGCACUUAACUACAACACGAGAAUUUCGUGACAAUUACAUGCAAAAAGUUGUGGAUGCUUAUUACAAUGUUGUAAAUGAAGAAUUGAGAAAUCAUAAUCUAGAUGUAAACAUUUUGAUGCCUUACGACGAAUUGUUGACGGCAAACAAAUAUUUUUCCCGGCCAGCUUUGGUGGAGACCAUAAUAUUUGAUCACACGAUUAUUCUGCCUGAUUAUUUAGCCACGCACGUGGUUCAAUCGACGGGCGGCUACGCAGGUUUCGUUCUGGGAGACAGAGAAGCCAUUCUCUACAAAGCCUGGAAUAACGAUGAACAUUUUCGAGAAAUCAUGACCGACAGAUUGAUGGAAUUGGCUGAAAAAUAUAUUUUGUAAUUAUUAUAAGAAGCUGGCAUAUAAACUUUCUCAGAAAUUCAUAUAUAAGAGAGUUAUACAUAAUGAACUAUUGGUUUCGUAGUAUUAUGAAAAUGUACUUAAUACUGUAAUGGUAGAUUAAGACUCAUUGAUAUUUAUAGUAAUAAAUGAAAGA